AUGUCUUCGAACGCUGCGAAUACCACCGGAAACCUCUCUGCCAGCCGACAACCACUCGUCAACGACAGGUUCGUCAAGAUUUUCGUCUACGGCAUGUACACAUCACUCGCGGCAUUCGGAGUCUGCAUGGUCGUCUCUUUCAUAAUCCUCUAUCCGAAGAAUCCCCGAUUCGCCCUCAAAGAUGCCGAAAUCUACGACCUCCAACUAACAGCAACUCCGCCGUCAAUCAACUCCACUGUCCACCUCACCAUCAUAUUCAUCAAUCCAAACAAGAAAGCCGGCAUUUACUACAGCGAUUUGGUAGUGUACACUUCUUACAAGGGCGAAAUGGUCAUUCCGGAAGCUCCCAUCGCACCGUUCUACAUGGAUCACGGAGAAACGAGCCCUCUAAGCGUGUCGUUGGUCGGGAAACAGCAGCUUGUGGGCCCCGCUUUGGCUUCUCAGUUCCAGCAAGAUCGAGAAAACGGGAAAAUGGAGCUGGAAUUUAAGGUAACCGGGAAUAUGAAGUUUAAAGAUGAGAAAUAUUGGUACCCUUUUACGGUCAAGUGUCCAGCGCUUAUGAAAUUCGAGCGUAAAACUCCCCUGAGUUCAACCACACAGGGCAAUGUGUGUUCAAUAAAGUUCUAA